CAGAUUAAAAAGUCAUAACAAACACUAAAAUUUUCAAGUUUUGAUUCACCAGCCACUCCUUUGAUAUCUUCAAAUCAAAUUUCACUAAAGAAAAAAUUCUAAUAAAAAACAACUGUAGAUCAUGCCAGCAUACCAUUCGAGUUUCCUGGAGGCUCAACAGUCCAUCGGAAACACUGCAAUCCUGCCGUUUAAAACGAGUUUUCGAGGACCUGCACCCCAACAGCAAAAUACUGAGCAAGACAUCAUAGAUGAAGCAUUAUACUAUUUUAAAGCUAACGUAUUUUUUCGUACGUACGAGAUAAAAUCCGAGGCAGACCGCCUUCUUAUUUACAUCACGUUAUAUAUAACUGAAUGUUUGAAAAAGUUGCAGAGGUGUGCUAACAAGAGCCAGGCCCAAAAUGAAAUGUACACACUGGCCAUAUCCCGAUUUGAUAUACCUGGAGAUGCGGGAUUUCCUUUAAAUUCCGUUUAUAGUAAGCCGGGAAGUCAGAAAGAUGUAGAGUUUAUGAAGGCAUAUUUGACGCAGUUGAGGCAGGAGGUUGGAUUAAGAGUUUGCGAUAAGGUAUUUGGGGAAAAUGGUAAGCCUAGCAAGUGGUGGUUGUGUUUUGCCAAGAAGAAGUUUAUGGAUAAAUCACUUUCUGGACCAGGACAGUAAUUCAACAUAAUUCUUUAUUUUGUAAAAAGAAAUCAUGAAUGUUUAGAGAUAUUGGAGUAUUUCAAGUCCGCCUUUUUGCUGUGCGUUAAUAGUUCAAUUGAAAGUAAAGGUUUUGUUGUUUUUUUUUUGUAAUUAUAUUGUAAUAACCUCUAUUAAAGCAAAUGUCCAAGUAAAAUUUUCUUUGUCAAUGGUACUAAAAUUUAAACUAAGGCAUUCAAUACAUAUAUAUAUAUAGUCUUUGUGAGAUAUUAUUUUGGAUACCUAUUGGAAAUCCUGCUUACUGUAUACUAUAUUACUACUGCUAUUCACAUGAUUAAGUUCUUUACCAGCAGGUUCUUGAAUAGGUGACCAAAAUACAUUUUCUGAAGGUGACUAUGUCGAAUAAUCUUGUCCUGUUCAAUUGUAAUUUGAGCCUUUUUAUUUUAUUGAUUUUACAGCAACAAAAACCUAUUUAAUUUCUAUAACUUAGAUAUAAACUUUUUAUUAUAAAUUUCAGCAUUUAAUAUAGGUUUUUUAAAUAGAAAA